AGCUUGUUUAUUUCUUUUCAGUAGAAGAAAACACGUAUUUCGAGGACUCCGACCGCCCUCACUGUGCGCGUUUUACACAUCUGAUUGCUCUUCUCCACCCUCCCCAGGCACCUUGUCUGAACAUACUGUUUUAUAAAUAAAAGAGGAAUCUACCACCCUCUACGACCCGCUCGUGUUCUCUCCUUGUCACGGUCUCAUCCACAACGGCGAAAAGCACGACGACUGUUUCUGGCGCUUCUUCCCCGAUUGUUGUUGUUCUUCUUCUCUCCAUGACCAAGUUUAGCGGCACCGCGCGUCGCUUCGUCGCCCUCUUCCUCGUGGGUGCGUUGUUGCUGGGGUCGAUCACGACGUUGGCCAUCCACGAAGAUGAGCAAGGCACGCGGGAUUGGGUCAUGCACCUGGUAGGAAACGUGCAGGAUGCCGCCGUGCAGGUCGCCGUCAAUCCGCAGCUGAUCUACGUCGCGUCCGAGGACGGUGCGGUGGCGGCCAUUGACGUGGGUGCAGCCGGCGCGCUGAAUCUGACGUGGCGCCUCACCUCCACAUCCAAGCCACUCUGCGUAGCGGCGGCCUACCAAGCCGUCCUCACAGUGAACGACGCCGGUGUGGUCGCGGUGCUGGACCCCGCCACUGGCAGUAUCGAAGUCACCUACGCGCUGCAGACGGUGGAGGCCCCUCUGCGCGCGGCCGCCUGCGCCAUCGAGGGCAGCAACGCGGUGGUGGUGGCCCACGACGGUGAGAUGCUUAAGCGCUUUGACUUCUCCCUCGCCUCUGAGGAGGAGACGAUUCACGUUGCGGCCUCCACCGCGCUCGCCGGCGACGUCUCAAAGAUGUACAUCGCGGGCACCACGCUGGUGCUGAACAGCGCGGCGAACUCGGCAGAGGUGCGCAGCGCCGAGACGCUGCAGUCGGUGCGCACCGUCGCCGGCAUUGCAACGAGCAUCGCGUCGGACGGCCACUUCACCACGCGCGACGCGGCUGCCCUCCGCUCCUUCCCGCCUGCUGGCGACGCCGCGGAGUUCCCCUGCGCGGACUGCGGCAUUGCCGUGGUCACGAACACCGAGUCUGGCACCUCGCGUGGUGUGGUACGCGUGGAGACGGGCAAGGACACGAUGCGCAUCGCCUACCCGAGCUCGGAGCUGUUGAUUCCGAACAUUGGCAGCAGCAGCACCGCCUACCCCAUCGCCGCCUUUGAGACAGAGGACGGCGACGUCGUCGUCCUCAUCAAGACUGGUGCCCACAACCUGCUGCUGGUCAGCGCGAGGAAGGGGCUCGUCUGGCGCCGCUUUGAGGGACUGGCCAACGUGGCCGCGACCGCCAUCGUGGAGCCAAUGGAGGAGCUUGAUCACUUCCACUUCAACAAGGACGUGCUGCUCGCCUCCCGCUUCGGCACGCUCUACUCCGUCCCGCUCCUGUCGAUGGGCUCGGAGGUGCGCCUCAUAACGGACUUCUCCAAGGAGCUGGUGGAGGCGCUGAAGGCGCCAUCGAUCGCGCAGGUGCAGGUACGCGGACUGAAGGUGCGUGACAAUGGCCACACCGCAGUUGUCUUUGCGGUGUACGGCACCACGAACGCCGACGUCGUUGUGGACCUGGUGUCGAGGCAAAUAAAGGAGGUCUCCACCACGGAGAACAGCAUCCUCUCGACCCCGCUUCUGGAGGUCGGCGCCGACCUCUCGGUGAAGGGCUCGCUGCCCCGUUCGACCAUCUACACCUACGUUAGCCACAGUGCGACCGGUGUAAUAGAGGGAUACAGCGUGGACAAGACGGCGGGGGCGCGUGCGACGUGGGUCGUGCAGAUGCCGUCUAGCAUUGUGGCACACGCCUCCGGCAGUGAGCCGCCGCGCCGCACCGACAUUGUGAACAACAUGCGCGUCUUCCCGAACAUCUCUGGCAAGGAGCCGGUAGAGGAGGUCCGCCACACCUAUCCCAUGCGCAACGUCAUCGCCGUCGCACACUACGAACCGGUCGAGGACGAGCUGCCGACGCUGGUGAUCACCGCGAUCGACGUGGUGACAGGCGGCGUGCUGGCCACCACCCGCCACGCCAACGUCGAGGGUGACGUGAAGAUGGUCAUUGUCGAGCACUCCAUCAUCUACUACUUCUUGGACGCGAAGAAGAUGCGGUACUGCUUCGGCGUGUGGGAGCUCUUUGAGGACGAGAACUCGCCGGUGGUGACCAAGUCCGCCGUUGCCACCCUUCCGCAAAUCAUUGCCUCCUUCUUCGUCAACACAAAGCGCGAGUUCAGCUCCCGCGCCACCCGGCCACCCGUCGUGACGGUUUCGACGCUCGGCGUCUUUGGCGGCCCGCUCGCCGACAUGGGCGUCACCACGUCGUACAACGCCAUCGCCCGCAAGAGCCUUGUGCUGGCCUUCAAGACGGGCCGUGUAGUGGUGGUCGAAGUGCUGCGGCUGCUGGCGGGCGGCCAGAUGCCGAUGCCGGACGUGAAAGACCGUCAAAUCUCUCACGUCAUUCUGCCCAGCCUUCUCUUUGCCUCGCACAAGCACCGCCUCGCCCUCCCGCAGAAAAUCACGACGGAGCCGACGGGGCUGGAGAGCUCGUGCCACGUGGUGGUGUCGGGUCUCGACCUCUUCUACGUGCGCUCUUCCUCUGGUAAGCCGUUUGACCUCCUCAACAGCGACUUUAACAAACCGCUGCUUGUCACGCUGGUGUGCGGCUUCGCGGCGCUGUCUUUUGUGGUGCGCUACUUUGUGAACCGCAAGGCCAUCAACUCAUCGUGGCAGUAA